AUCUCACCGUCGAGUUACUCUUCGUUUGCCGGCAUCGUUGACGAAUCCCUCUUCUUCGUGUCGCUCUUGCUCCCCGUCGCUCUCUCUUCGAACCCUAGCUAGGGUUUCCGAGAUCUCGCCCGAAUCCCAUCGAUUUCGAUCCCGGAAACCCUAACCCUCGUCCAUGGAGGACUACCCAGAGGAGCUCCGGACGCCACCGGUCUCCCUUGUGUCCGUUGUUGGCUGCCCCGACCUCCACUCGACGAUCUCCGCUGUGCUGCACUCCGAGCAGCCUCCGAUCAACACCCUCGCUCUCCCUGAUUUCUCUAAGAUCUCCAUUUUAGCGCGGAAGCAGCGGGAUCCUUUGGAUGCGGGUGGCCAUCCUCCAGAAGGGAUUCUGAAGAAGGAUUGGCUGUUGAAGCACAGGACAAGGGUUCCCGCUGUCGUUGCGGCGCUUUUUGGUUCUGAUCAAGUUAAUGGGGAUCCUGCCCAAUGGCUACAGGUCUGCACCGAUCUUGAAAACCUAAAGUCUAUGGUUCGUGGAAGAAAUAUCAAAUUGAUCAUUGUGAUAGUGCAGAGAAGUAUUGCGGAUGGAGUUAGUGAAGACCUUAUCAUUGCAUUAAGAAAGCGGGCGGAAAUUGAAUAUAAGCACCUGGUUAUGUUUGACAAGGAUGAUCCUCAUGAAAUGAAACAAUCACUAAACAGACUUUCAGGUAUAUUUGCUGAGCUGUGCAACACAUACUAUAGAGAGGAAGGGCGAAGGGUGAAAGCUCGUAUUGAGAAGAAAACUUUUGGUUUUGCUGAGUUAAAUAUUCGCUGCUGCUUUAAGGUUGCAGUAUAUGCAGAAUUUAGAAGAGAUUGGGCAGAAGCUUUGAGGUGUUAUGAGGAUGCAUAUGGUGCUCUGCGUGAGAUGGUUGGGACAUCUACAAGGUUGCCACCUAUUCAGCGCCUGGUUGAGAUAAAAGCCGUUGCUGAACAACUGCAUUUCAAAAUAUCUACUUUGUUGUUACAUGGUGGAAAAGUUGUAGAAGCACUUUCUUGGUUCCACAAGCAUGCUGCUAGUUAUGAGCGACUGGUGGGGGUACCAGAAAUUGCUUUUAUUCAUUGGGAAUGGUUCAGUAGGCAGUUCCUGGUAUUUGCGGAAUUGUUGGAUACAAGCUCUGCAUCUUAUCCGAGCAAUGUAUCCCCUCGGUUUGGUAGCUCGGAGAACCCUCUGACUGAAUGGGAAUUUCAACCGGCUUACUAUUACCAGUUAUCAGCGAAGUACUUGAGGAAUAAGAAGCUUUCACUAGCUUGCUCUCACUCAGCAGGCAAGGUUGCAGGAUGUCCAGAAUCCAUCAGUUCUUCUAAUUUUGUUGGUCAAUAUGCCCGCUUAGUUGAGGAAGGAGAUAUUAUCACAGCCUUGCCUCUUUCAGAUGCGGAGUAUUCAAGUUAUGCCAUCACGGAAGCACAGAGGUUUCAAGAUUCUUAUGAGAUCAUUGCCUUGUUGAGAAGGUCUUGGGAAUCAUUCAACAGCCUAAAAUCUACUAGGAUGGCUUCUUAUUGUGCUAACAGAAUGGCUAUUGAAUACUUUGAAGCAGCUGAUUUCAUUAAUGCAAAAGAGCUUUUCGACAGUGUUGCUGUGCUUUUCCGUAAAGAGGGCUGGGUUACUUUGCUUUGGGAGACUUUGGGAUACUUACGGGAGUGUUCACGCAAAUUAGGAUCACCCAAAGGUUUCAUUGAGUAUUCUCUUGAAAUGGCUGCAUUGCCUAUAUUUUCUAAUUCUGGAGGGGAAACGAAUGGAAACAAAAGGAACUGUGGCCCUGCUGGUCUAGCUACUCUUUCACAGAGGGAGAGAAUACAAGAGGAAGUGUUCAACCUCCUGAAAGGCCAAGCGCUAGUAGCUACUGACUGCACCCUAAAAAUAAUCGAGGACCACCCAGUCCUUAUUGAGGUUGAUCUUGUGAGUCCCCUUAGAGUGGUACUUCUGGCAUCUGUUGCUUUCCAUGAUCAAUCUCUUAAGCCAACAUCAUCUACAUCCAUUACUUUGUCCCUUCUUUCACAAUUACCACAUCCGGUCACAAUAGAUCAGUUAGAAAUACAGUUCAACCAGCCAUUAUGCAAUUUUGAAGUAGUCAAUGCUCAAGAGCCUUCUGUGGUGGAAUCAUUUAGAGGGGAACAGGGUGUUAGGGUAGAGAUGGCUCCUUCACUUACAUUGUUGCCAGACAAGUGGUUGCGAUUAACGUACAAAAUUAAAUCAGAACAGAGUGGAAAGCUAGAGUGCUUGUUUGUGAAGGCUAAAAUUGGAAGGUUCUUUGCGAUUUGUUGCCAAGCAGAAAGUCCUGCUUCAAUGGAGGAUUUACCACUGUGGAAGUUUGAGGAUCGUAUGGAGAGCUUCCCAACCAAGGAUCCUGCCCUUGCAUAUUCUGGCCAAAGAUUCACCCAGGUGGAUGAGCCUGAACCUCAAGUUGAUCUUUCAUUGGAUGCUUCUGGCUCUGCAUUGGUAGAAGAGAACUUUGUUGUUCCUGUGACUGUGACCUCUAAAGGUCAUGCAGUUCAUUCUGGUGAACUGAAGAUUAAUCUUGUGGAUGCCAGAGGAGGUGGUCUGUUAAUGAGUCCUAAAGGCGAACUUGAACCAUUUUCUUCGGAUAGUCACCAUGUUGAGCUUCUUGGCAUUUCAGGAACAAUCGAAGAAGAUGAAUCUCAAUUAAAUCUCGACAAUAUAAGAAAAAUUCAGCAGUCAUUUGGAGUGGUGUCUGUACCUGAUUUGGGAUUGGGAGAUACAUGGUCCUGUAAAUUAGAGAUCAAAUGGCACAGGCCCAAGUCAGUCAUGCUCUAUGUUUCGCUUGGCUAUUUUUCGAACCCUGUGGAAGCUGCUUCUCAGAGAGUUAAUGUGCACAAGAGCUUGCAAAUUGAAGGCAAAACUCCUGUUAUCAUCAGCCACCGUUUCAUGACACCAUUUCGCCGAGAGCCUCUCUUGCUCACCAAAGUCAAGUCUUCGUCUGAUUCUGAUAGAAAAAUCUCACUAGCAUUAAAUGAAAAGAACAUCCUUAUAGUGAAUGCUAGAAACAGUACAGAGGUGCCAUUGCGAAUGAUAUCCAUGUCUAUUGAGUCAAACAGUGAGAAGAAGAAUGGCCAUUCAUGCCUUGUGGAGCAUAAUCAUGGGGCUACUGCUGAUUAUGGCCUUCUUGCACCAGGCGAAGAAUUCAAACAAGUAUUCUCCGUCACCCCUCAGAUUGAUUCCCCAAACCUUAGUGUUGGAACUGUUUGUAUUAGAUGGACUAGAGAUGUGCGAGAAAGCCAGGCUCCAGGUUCUUCGGUUCUGACUAGACUUGAGCUGCCCAAUGUGAACGUGGAGAAGCCGCCAUUGAUUGUGAGCUUGGAAUGCCCUCCGCAUGCUGUUCUUGGAGUUCCUUUCUCAGUCUAUCUGAAGGUCCAGAACCUAACAAGCAUGCUUCAAGAGAUUAAGUACUCACUAGGAGACUCUCAGAGCUUUGUGUUUUCCGGGCCACACAAUGAUUCUAUCUUAAUUUUACCAAAAACAGAGCAUAUAAUCAGUUACAAGCUUGUGCCAUUGAGUUCAGGCUCACAACAGCUGCCAAGGAUCACCAUUACUUCAGUUAGAUAUUCAGCUGCUCUGCAACCUUCAAUUGCAGCAGAAACCAUUUUUGUUUACCCCUCUGAGCCCAACUUUAGCAUCGGAAUGAGAAGGAAAGAAUUAGAUCCUGUUUCUUCCUAGUUAAGUCUCAUUAUUGUCUGUGAAUUAGUUUUCCAAUUCAAUGCCCGAAAACUGAUAAUGUGGAUCAAGGACUUCAACCAUACCGGGGUUGGCGUGCAACCCCAUUCUUCUGAAUAGAGUGCCGAAGCUAUUCGACAUGGCUACAAAGUAAAUAAACUCUAUACUUCAUGCCAUUGAGUGUAAUCUUGCGGAAUUCGUUAUUCUUUCAUGAAUUUUGGUGUAUUUUGGUUUGGUGAUCAGGUCAUGGUAAACUAUCGCCUGUCGGCCAUGCGGAGGCUAUUGAAGUUUUAUAUCUCAGAUGGACAAUUAGAGAGCAACCCUGUUUCAUUUUGGUCAAGUGCAGAUUAGGGCUAUGGAACUUUUUGUUUUGAAGAGUGUAAUAUUUACUGUUCUCUAAGCUUUCUUGCUUGUCCUGUAACUACUUAGAAAAAAUAGUUGGGUGACCAAGUUGGAUUUGUGCAUGUAAUCUUACCAAUUCAGUGUUUCCUGCUGAUGUUUUCAUUGUCAUUGCACACUAUUUCUAUUAUCAGCUGAGAAAAAAAAUUCCAAAUA